UACAGUAUAUCCCUGAAAUCCCCAAACACCUUGAAAAGGGCACCAAUCCAUCUAUCGAAGAAGCCAAUUCUAAUGUUACUGCAUGAAUAGUGAUGAACGGAGACAUCAUCACUAAUAACUUUUGCUGGUCCCUAAAGGAGUUGUAUUAUCUUCACCACACACGUCCCAAUAUAAAGAAGCAUGUUGUUUUCAAUGGGCAUUCCCUUCAUUGCCCAUUCCUCACUCUUCUCCUUCUAUAAACGUUUUCCAAUUACCAUCGUUGGACUUCAAGUGCCAAAAUUUCUCCAAAAAAUGGAUCAAAAGAAGCCUUAUCUUACUGUUAUUCUCAUACAAUCUAUUUAUGCUGGCAUGUUCUUGCUCUCCAAGGCUGCAUUCGAUGGCGGUAUGAACAAUUUUGUGUUUGUAUUUUACAGACAAGCUGCAGCAACAGUGUUCUUGGUCCCUCUUGCCUUCUUUUUUGAAUGGAAAACUGCGCCGCCUCUAUCAUUCGUGACCUUCUGCAAGAUUUUUAUGCUAUCUUUAAUCGGGAUAACUUUAAGCUUGGAUAUCUAUGGCGUCGCCCUGGUUUAUACCUCUGCAACUUUAGCUGCUGCAACAACAAAUUGCCUGCCUGUUAUCACUUUUUUCUUGGCAGUGUUACUCAGGAUGGAGGUGUUGAGAUUGAAGACAACCGCUGGGAUUGCAAAAAUUCUAGGUAUAAUAAUUUGCUUGGCCGGUGCAUUGACCCUUGCCUUUUACAAGGGUCCCCAUAAGAAACUUUUCUGCCUCCAUCACCUGUUCGAGCACCAACAUAGCCAAACACUUCGGAACCGAACUUCCUCAGGCGAGACAUGGAUAAAGGGUUGUUUCCUCAUGGUGAUUUCCAACACGUGUUGGGGCUUAUGGCUUGUAUUACAGGGUCGGGUUUUGAAGAGCUACCCUUCGAAACUUCUCUUUACAGCUCUUCAGUGCAUCUUAAGCACAAUCCAAUCAUUUGCUAUUGCUAUUGCUCUGGAAAGAGACCCUUCUGAAUGGAGACUAGGCUGGAAUGUUAGACUCCUUGCAGUAGCUUACUGUGGGAUAGCGGUGACAGGCGUGACAUUUUACCUACAAGCAUGGGUUAUUGAGAAGAAGGGGCCAGUUUUCUUGGCCAUGUCAACACCAUUGAAUCUGAUCUUCACAAUAUUCUGUUCUGCAUUUCUCUUAUGCGAGAUUAUUAGUUUGGGAAGUCUCUUGGGGGGGCUUCUACUGAUUGGUGGGCUACAUAGUGUGUUGUGGGGAAAAACCAGAGAGCAAAGAAUGUUGGAUGAAAAUUGUUUACCAACUCAUGUCGACAAAGAAUGCACAGAGUUGAAACCUGUGACAGCCCGAUCCCAUCAUUAG